AUGGGCUCGGACGUCUGGGUCGGUACUUGGCGGCCACAUCGACCUCGCGGCCCCAUCGCGGCGCUCUACCGGAGCCCGGGGCCCAAAUACAAGCUGCCGCCGAACACUGGCUACAACCUGCAUGACCCGUCGCGGCCGCGCGCUCCAGCCUUCACCUUCGGCGUGCGCCUCCCCACCCAGCAGACAUCCUGCGGCCCGGGGCCCGGUCACCUGGUGCCCCCUCGCAUGACCGUGCGCGGCCCGGAUGGCUCCCCGGCCUAUUCCAUCCUCGGCCGCCUGCGCCACGCAGCACCCUUCCUCACUCCUGGACCGGGCAGGUACUUCCCAGAACGCGCGGGAAACGCGACGUACCCCAGCGCUCCUCAGUAUACCAUCGCUCCCCGAAACUGGGGCGUUCUCUCGAAGCAGGAAACCCCAGGCCCAGGGACUUAUGCUGUGCCUUCGCUCUUGGGCCCACGAGUCAUAGGCAAAGUCUCGGCCCCAACUCACUCCAUCUAUGGCCGCAGCGCGGUGGGCAGCUGCUUCGAGGAUCUCAGCAAGACCCCAGGCCCCUGCGCCUACCACGUGGUGAGCCCUGAGAUUUACAAGACCCGAGCUCCCCAUUUCACCAUGCUGGCGCGGACUUCGCUGCCUCAAGACAACACUCUGAAGCCGGGACCCGCGACCUACAACGUGGACCAGGUGGUCUGGUCCGGGCAGCUGGCUCUGCCAGGUCAGCGGCUUCUUCUCGGCCCACAGCACCAGAAACCUCGCGGCUGGAGCUUCGGGAUCCGGCACUCGGACUACUUGGCCCCAAUGGUGACCUACAUGGACAACUGACACGCCGUGCGAGCGAGCGGGCACGGGUGUACAGCUGUUUACUUAAAAGCUUCUGGAUGCCGGGCGUGA